AUGUCCGACGAACAGAAGGCGCCGCUCGCCAUCGAGAACACCGCCGCCAACCCCGACAAGGCAGCCAACGUACUCGAAGUCGAUGGCCAGGCCAUCAAGUUGGACUCUAUGGGUCCGAUGAUCGUGAAUGCAGACGGAACGGGAAGAGAGCGAAGCUCACCGCAGACCAUCUCUCGAAUCACCAACUGGCAAGAACUCUCUGAUAUUGAGAAGGAGAGGACUGUACGCCUACUUGUUAAGAAGCGCAAUCUUGUGCGCAUGAAGAAGCUCGAGGCGGACGCUCCGGAGGGUGAGGAGAGGGUCACCGCUCUCCAGAGCUAG